AUGCCUUCCGCGUCCGUCAAGAACCCAAACUGCAUUUCGCGCAACCGGCAGCGAGCCCUCCGCGCCAAAGCCCGCAAGGUGACCCUCCAAGCCACCGACUCUGCCCGCCUGCCCGACCGCGUCGCCAGGGCCGAUGCGAAGCGUGGCGCGCGCACCGGUCUCUUGCCCACCAGCGGGCCCAAUAGGGCCCUGAGCAGCAAGAAGGCCCGCAAGCUGGAGAAGCAGAUGGCCCACGCCAUCAGGAGGAAGCGCGAGGAGGAGGAGAAGAAGUCCCAGGUUGAGAUGAAGGACGCCGAGGACAAGAGCUCCAAGAAGCAGCUCAAGACGGAGAGGAACGCGGCCAUGGAGGCGCUGGAGAAGAUGGAUAUCUCAUGA